AUGGCUCAUACAGAUAUUGAAAUUGAAUCAUCUAUUCCUAUAGAUACUGUUUCUUUAAACAAUGUGGAGAUACCAAUGGAAGAAGGGCUGAGAGCAGAAGUGACGUCAGUGAAUAGGAAUAUAGUGAGUGAGCCUGCGCUUACUCUAAGCACGCCUCCACCUAACCAACAAGCAAUGAAAGAACCGACUCUGUUUGAUAAAUUUGGGGCUAAACCGAAGUAUACACUUGGUCAAGCUACUAGUGUUUUUUUACCCCUACCUGUACGACAUCAAUUCAGACCACAGGCAAGGUCCAACAGCCGAGGAAGACUCAAAAGGAAAUACUUGGGCGAAGUGAUGGAGCCACUUCAGCUUUAUUGCCAGAGCUGCAGUAUUGUUUCAAAUUCUGGCCAAAUGCAAGGCCACCAUGGUGGUGCUAAGAUAGAUCAAUCUUCUUGUGUGUGGAGAAUGAACAAUGCCCCCACAAAAGGCUUUGAGGAAGAUGUUGGAAGAAAGACCACUCUGCGAGUUGUUUCACAUACCAGCGUCCCACUUUUGAUUCAGAAUCAAGACUACUUCUUCAAUCAGGCAAAUGAUACAACUUAUAUAAUCUGGGGUCCAUUCCGAAAUAUGCGACAAGAUGGCAAGGGUAUUGUGUACAACAUGUUGAGAAAAAUUUCUACUGUCUAUCCAGGUGCAAAAAUAUUUAUAACAACAGAAGAUCGCAUGAACUACUGUGAUAAAGUUUUUCAGAGGGAAACAGGAAAAGACAGGUAA